AUGACGAAAUUUGAUAGAAAUGAGGAAACUAAUGAUAGUGACAUGUGCAGAACCAUAGAAGUGGCGGUUGUGUUUCCGCCGCCUCCGCCACUGCAGCUGUCAUUUUCCGGUGACAAUUGUGAAGUAGAUGAGCUAUUUCUUCCACCUCUCAACUUUGCCAUGGUUGAUAAUGGCAUUUUCAGGUCUGGUUUUCCAGACUCGGAUAAUUUUUCAUUUCUUCAAUCACUCAAUCUUAGCUCAAUCAUAUGUUUGUGUCCUGAGCCUUAUCCGGUGCCCAACAUGGAGUUUCUCAAGUCGAAUGGGAUUAAGUUAUUUCAGUUUGGGAUCGAAGGAUGUAAAGAGCCAUUUGUGAACAUACCUGAGGAUAAAAUCCGUGAUGCAUUAAGAGCCGUCCUCGAUGUGAAGAAUCACCCUCUAUUGAUCCAUUGCAAACGAGGGAAGCACCGAACUGGUUGUCUUGUGGGAUGCUUGAGAAAAUUACAAAGAUGGUGUCUAACUGCAGUUUUUGACGAAUACCAGCGCUUUGCAGUAGCCAAAGCACGAGUUUCAGAUCAAAGGUUUAUGGAGUUGUUCGACGUGUCUGGCUUCAAGCACCUACCAUUGUCAUUUUCGACUUCAAAGAGGUACAAAUAA